GUCGCGUUUGACUUUGGUCUACCACUUUCUUUAACUUCGCCUUUGUGAUCUUUUGCAUCUGACCAUAGUCGCUUCCAUUCAUUUUAUUUGUUUUAUACAAACUUUGUUCUCAUGCGACUUUUGACUCGACACUCUCUUACAGUCCAACUUUCAUCAAAGUCAAACACAAUGCGUGUCCAAGCCGCCGUGCUGCUAAGCGCAUUGGCGCAGCACACCCAGGGAGCGACGUUCGCGGUCCCGUCGGCGGUUGGCACAGGGGGGCUACAAUACGCAACGUUGAACAGCGCGCCCAUAGGCUUUUCCUUUGAGUUCUUUGCCUUCCCUUCGUACUUUACCAACGUGACCGCAACCCAGCAGUGCCUCUCCAACUGGAAGGACCUGACGGGCGUGUGGCCCCCGAUCCGCGUGGGCGGCACGACGCAGGACCGCGCCACCUUUGAUCCCGACUCCAAGGCCUACGUCACCUACUCGGUCGCCCAGCCGGCCGACGCGCCCAAGAACCUGACCUUUGGGCCGUCGCUCGUGGACCUGGCCGCCAAAUACGGCGGCAGCGUGGUGAUGGGUCUGAACCGGGGCCGCAACGACCUGCAAAACACCAUCGCGGCCGCCAAGACGGUCGUCGCCAAGAUGGGCGGCAACAAGGGGAACCUGAAGGCCAUCGAGCUGGGCAACGAGCCAGAGUACUACCCCAACGACCCGCAGCCGAUCGCCCUGCCCCAGUGGAACGAGAAGAUCGACGCCCUGAGCCAGGACCAGUGGGCGGGUGCCGUCGGCAGCGCCAUCGGCCAGACGGACAUCAUCCAGGCCGGAAACUCCAACGCGUCGCCGCCACAGUGGGGCGCCGCCACGCUCUUCGCCACGGGGAACAAGACCGCCGAGCAGUACAUGCAGCGCUACGCUCACCACAACUACCCCGGCGGCAAGGUGCCCGACCUGAUGAACCACGCGCGGACCGUGACCAACAUCCACGGCUUCGAUGCCGAUGUCGCAGCGGCCCUUGCCAUCGGCAAGCCGUACGUUUUCGGGGAGACCAACUCUGUUUCCGGCGGUGGCGCAGCUGGCGUUUCGCCAACAUUCGGCGCCGCUCUGUGGACCAUGGACUAUGCCCUGCGAGCGCUCUCCUCCAACAUUUCCAACGUCUAUUUCCACCAGGGCACAGUGGGCAACUGCCAAUACUGCCAGUUUGGGAGAUCCACCAUGGGUGCCCCUUAUUAUGGGGCAACCGCCGCCACGGCAUUCCUGAGCAAAGCCGCCAGUAUCGCCGCCCUCGAUGACGGCAGCUCACCGUUCGCGGCUUACGCCAGCUUCGACCAAGACGGCAAGCCAAUGCGCGUGCUGCUGUACAACUCCAACUUUUACACUUCCGGGGACCGACCGACCGAGAGCUUCACCCUGACGGGGCUUUCGGACCGCACGAUCCGCGCCAAGAGGCUGACGGCGGCCAGCCCCAUGACGAGGGCGGACUCGAGCUCCGAGAUUUCCUUCGGAGGCCAGACUUGGGCAAACGUGACCUGCGUCGCUGCGGGCGACGAGAAGUUUGAGUCGGCCGACGUCAAGGGCGGCCAGGUGACGUUGAGUGUGGGCGCCGCCGAGGCGCUCGUCGUGUACUUGAGCUGA